UCUCGCAAUGCCUCCUCAUGGGCUCGGCCCAGAUCCAGACGGCGGGGCGCGCUUCUGAUCCGGCGCCGCGCCGCCGCGAAAGCCAGGGAGGAUGGUCGGAUGCAGGUGCCUGUCUUGGACCGGGGCCGCCGCCGGCGGCCGCCCCCAUCGCCGGCCCGAGCCCUUCUCUCUGCCCGCCCCGAUCCCCGAAUGGCCGCCAGGUCAUGAAUUUGCCAGUGGAAGUAUAAAUCUUGGGGAAAUUGAAGUCUGUAAAGUCAAAAGGUUUGAAUUUAUCUGGGGUUGGGAUUGGUCAAGUGAUGAGAGAAAAGGUGUCAGUUUCUAUAGGCCUGUGGCAAUACCUGAUGGAUUUUUUUGUCUGGGGCACUACUGCCAAUCAAAUGAUCGACCUUUGCGAGGCUUCGUGCUAGUGGCAAGGGAAGUUAUUUCUUCUGGUAUAAAACCUCCUGAAUGCACAUCUGGUAAAUCACCAGCUCUUAAGGAGCCAGUCGAUUACACGCUUAUUUGGAGUUCAGAUGAUGGUGGCGCAGAUGGUGGGGAAGGUGGUUAUUUCUGGCUACCUCAGGCGCCUGAGGGGUACAAGCCUAUGGGAAUUUUGGUCACUAACCAGCCGGCUAAGCCUGCAUUGGAGGAAGUCAGAGUUGUUCGGUCUGACUUGACAGAUACGUGUGAAAAUCAUCACGUGAUUCUCAGCAUUUCAAAAUAUCCACUAUUGCCAUUGACAGUAUGUAGCAUUAGACCAACUCACAGGGGAAUGCUGGGUAAAGGUGUCUCAGUUGGGACUUUUUCCUGCAGCAGCUGCUGGAGUUCUGGUGACGAACAAUGUAUUUCGUGCCUAAAGAACUGUAACCCUGUGCUGAAUGCGAUGCCAAACCUUGAUCAGGUCCACACACUCAUCAAGCACUAUGGGCCAACCGUGUUCUUUCACCCAGAUGAGGUGUUCUUGCCAUCUUCUGUUUCAUGGUUCUUUGAAAAUGGAUCGCUAUUACACAGAAAAGGAGAUCCCGUAGGGGAGCCCAUAGACAUAAGUGGUUCAAACUUGCCUAGCGGUGGGAAAAACGAUGGGGAGUAUUGGAUUGAUUUGCCUAGUGAUCGGCGUAACAAUAGCAUCAAGAAUGGGAACUUGGAUUCAGCUAAGCUCUAUGUCCAUGUGAAGCCAGCUUUGGGUGGUACAUUUACAGACAUUGUGAUGUGGAUCUUUUGCCCCUUCAAUGGGCCAGCCACUGUCAAAGUUGGCAUGAAUAUUCCUUUGAGCAUUGGACAGCAUGUAGGUGACUGGGAACAUUUUACUCUCCGUAUAAGCAACUUCAGUGGAGAGCUGUGGAGCAUCUACUUCUCACAGCACAGCGGUGGCCAGUGGGUGGAUGCGUGUGAUUUGGAAUUUAUAGAUGGAAACAAAGCGGCUAUUUACUCAUCAAAAAGUGGGCACGCUAGCUACCCUCGUCCCGGAACCUACAUUCAGGGAUCGAAAAUGCUUAGGAUUGGGAUAAGGAAUGACGCAGCUCGGAGUGAUUUUAAAGUGGACUCGAGCACCAGCUAUGAGAUUGUAGCUGCCGAAUAUCUGGGAGAUGGUGUUGUUGGCGAGCCUUGCUGGUUGCAAUAUAUGAGAAAAUGGGGUCCGACUGUCGUCUACAAUUCAAGAACCAAGCUGGACAAAGUAAUCAAAUCCUUGCCGGAUAUGUUCGGACACGCGGUGGCAUACAUAUUUGACAAGCUUCCGAUUGAGCUUUACGGCGAAGACGGUCCUACGGGGCCGAAGGAAAAGAACAACUGGGUUGGCGACGAAAGAAGCUAGAGGUUCAAAUCUCCAACCCAUAUAUGCAAUUCUUUUUUGAAUUGGUGCUGUUUGGGCAGCAAAUGUCCUGGAGGCCAUGCACCAUUUUUAAGUGUAAACUGGCUUACAGAAUCGUUGAUGUCACUAGGUUGCAUACGGAAGUAGUUGUUUUACAUCAGCACGGUGAAUAUUAUCAAAGUGAGUAGGAGUUUUAGAAUGCUUUGCAUGGUCGGUACAGUGCUGUCCAGAGCGGAUAAUGUAAUGUAACAUGAGACUCAAAGAUAGGUGAGAAAUAUGAUAUCUGUAUUUUGCGCUCGA